ACAGACACAAUGGUGAAGGAUGUAGAUGUGCUUACCGGCAGCGAGGGUGUCAAGGGCACCAUCUUCUUCACCCAGGAGGGAGAUGGCCCGACCACUGUGACGGAAAGUGUCACCGGACUCAAGGAAGGGCUCCAUGGCUUCCAUGUGCACGCUCUUGGUGACACCACCAACGGCUGCAUGUCAACUGGACCGCACUUCAACCCCGCUGGUCAUGUGCAUGGGGCACCCGAAGAUGAAAUCCGCCAUGCUGGUGACCUCGGAAAUGUGACAGCUGGAGCGGAUGGUGUUGCUAACAUCAAUGUUACUGACUGCCAUAUCCCCCUUGCCGGACCACAUUCAAUCAUUGGCCAUGAUGUUGUCGUCCAUGGUGAUGCUGAUGAUCUUGGCAAGGGUAAUACUUUGGAAACACUUGAAUCAUACAUUUUUGUGCCUCCCUGUGCAUGAUUGUUUGUCAAACUU